AUGUCUCGUAACGCACGUCGUACAACUUCAAAAUCUGAAAGUAUUGGCGAUGGAGAUAUGGAGUUUGUUGAUAUUUCAAUUUGUUCAGUGACUGGGCAAACAUGGACUGAGCAGAUAAGCCGUUUCGAAAGUGUUGCUAGCUUAAAGGAAAAAAUUUGGAAUCGUUGCGGUAUUUUACCUUAUCAUCAAGGUCUAGUAUUCGGCGGCGAAUUACUUACUCAUGCAAAUGGUCAAGAAUUUCUUUAUGAUCUGGGAAUUCGUCAGAAUUCUGUCGUUCGUCUAGCUAUUGUACCACGAUCUGGUCCAUUAGCUCUUAGUCCAAGGACAGCAAUUACUUUUUCGAGUCAUGCGAUUUUGACGAGCAGCAGAAAUAAUGGUUCCGUUAAUGAUUCGAAAAGUGAAGUAAAAUGCUUAAAUGAGAGAUAUUGGGAUAGAAAACAACGAAUCUUUUAUGAUUUAUGCGACUUUGGACAACAGAUUAGUUCAGAUUCUCCAGAUUUCGAGUUGGCAAAUAAUCAACAAAUAAAUAAACGUCAUAUUGUGUCCGCCCCAGAGGAUACUAGUGCAAAAGAAAGUUCCGCUGGUGAAACAGAGUGUGAGGAACAUGCAAAUUAUUCAUAUGAAGCAGAUGAUUCUUCACCCAAAGUAUUUAAAUAUGAGUCCAGUGUUACUAAUCGCAAUGAAGGAAUGUCAGCUCGUGAUCGGUUACUGUUAUUGAUGAAUAGCCGUGCUUUAUCUCCAUCGACUGAUGUAAAUACACAUUCUGAAGAUGGCUCUGAACUUUCUUCUGGUGUUGUCAUAUGUGAACUUAAUAAUGCUUUCAAGAGGUUGCGCGUUCGUCGAAAGCACCAUGCUGUUGGAACAGCAUCCACAAUGAUGCAAAAAAACCGCACUAGAAAUUGUUGUUUGAAUGUUUAUAUUUAUUUCAAUUUGAAAUCAAUUAUCAAUUAUAAUUUGAAAUUUCAGGGAUCGGAUGUGACAUCGAGUGAUGAUGACCGGCCUUGUUUAAAAAAGCAUCAUGAGUGCAAUAUGGCAUGUUCUUCUUCUUCACGGCGUAAUUUUGCAGUUGCUCGUGCUCAGAAAUAUAUUGGUUAUCAGUCACAAUAUCGUUGUUAUGCUUGCGCUGUUAAAUUAAGUACUAUAUCAAGUGCAUCUCAAUGCAGAUGUGGAAAAAUAUUAUGUAUUCGUCAUCGACCAGCUGAAAUGCACAUGUGUACACGAAUAAGAAAAUUACAGAAUGUCAGCGAUUAG